AUGAAUCUUACUAUUUUGAGGCCUUGUGGUACUCUGAUUCUAUUGUUUUUAGUGUUCACCUGCGCUCCCGUCGUCGUCCAUGCAGCGGCCACCAAUUCAGCCUCGCCUAGUGGGACAAAAAAUGUUGUUACUAAAAAGGACACCUGCUCGGAGGCUAUCGUAAACAUCAUUGGCAAAGGAAUUUCCGGGGGAGCAAGGUUCCUCAAGGAAGCAAAAAGUGUUCACGUCAACAUUGCUGUCAGUGGCUUGGCAGACAACCAAGAAUUCAUAUUUCACAUCCAUGAAAGCGCAGUCGGGAAGGACAAUGAUUGCUCUACAACUGGGGGGCAUUACGAUACAGUUAAACCGGUUAGAGAUCUCUGUGCCGGAAAAAAUCCAAUGAAUUGCCAAGUCGGAGAUUUGUCGGGCAAAUCCAAACCCUUGUAUAAUAGGGAAUGUGGGGUGGCUUCACUCAGCUUUUAUGACCCCGUCAUUAAUGUUUCAGACCUCCAGGAAAAAAGCGUUGUUAUUCAUGCUCCAGGUACACUCGAAAAAAUUGCUUGCGGUACAAUUAUUUGCAAGCGAAAAUAUGAUUGA